AUGGUCGCCCCAUCAGAGGGAAUUCAGAAGCGCCCUGACAUGAUUCAACGCGCGUCCCAUGCGACAACGCAGAAACUCUUCCUAGGCAGCAGCAUUCACCCAUCGGCAAGCCUGUCCCGAACCAUCGCAAAGCCCAUCAACAAGGCUGUGCCGCAGACCGACGCUACGAAACUCCUUCAGAUGGAGUUGACGAACCUGGCCGAGGCCCUCGAACUCCGCGGUCCCUGUCCCCUAGAGCUGCCAGACACUGGUGCCGCGUCGACGAAGUUAGGACCGUUCGAGAACCCCUUCGGAGAUUGA